UCUUCGUGGUAAUGAAACGUAGAAAUUUAUGGAUUGUAUUUUGAAAUGAGAUUUGACAUUUUGUUCUGAUCGUUUCUCUUAAGGUGCUGUCAAACCAGGAAAACCUUCUCGUCCAGCACGUUAUGUGCGCGCCAUGGCUCUGUACCCGCUGUCAUACCGAACUAAAGGAAGAGACAUUGGUGUGUUCUCCAAUCCAUCUGGAAGACUUAGCAAUGUUAGACAGGCCACUGGUCCAGACAGACGACCGAACACUGCAACGCAGUUCUUUGGAAAACCAAACAGCUACAUAGAGUUCCCUAACAACGGAAAGCUAGACACGAAGCGAUCUAUCACCCUUUUGGCUUGGAUCUACAAUCAGGGAAGCGCUGGUCCUAUUUUUAACUACAUGCCGAACGGCUGGGGUGUACACUUCUGGAUGACGUCCCCUAUUACGCUCUUCGUUCGUUUCACGCGUCGACGAAGACGGCGCUUCACUCCUCACCUUCAGUACCGUGGCGUUAAGCGCAGACGGUGGCAAUAUGUUGGCGCCACGUACAACGGAAGGACAGGUGUGGCCAAAUUGUAUUUGAACAGCAGAAUGGUUGCAAGAAAACGCAUUGGAAGGUUCAGGUUGGCAACGAAUUAUCCGGUUAGAAUGGGAGCAAGGGUUGGUGACAGCCGCUUCUUCCGGGGAAAGAUUUCUUGUAUGCAGGUAUACGGUAUGGCUUUGAAUUCUAGGCAGAUUGCAGCUCGAAAGAGGAGGUGUUUCCUGAAAGGUCCAGUCACACCUGGUCGACCAGUCGUUCCAGGCGGAGUACCAUUCCGUCCAGGAAAACCGAUGUGCAAAGCUAAGGUGGAUAUCGGCUUCCUCGUGGACGCUUCUGGCAGCAUCGAGAUGUACGGUCGAGGGAACUACCAGCGCGUCAAAGACUUCGUCAAGGAAGUGGCGGGAAGCUUCCUUAUCUCCAGGCGCGGAACACACGUCGGUGUGGUUGUAUUCGCCAGCAGACCAGAGCCGGUUUUCCAGUUCAACACCUACUACACGCGGCGUGAAGUCAUGAACGCUGUUCAAAAGAUCCCCUACAUCAACGGUGGAACCCGAAUCGGCUUAGCAAUCCGAAGGGCUACGCGGUACUUAUUCAAAUCUCGUCACCACCCCGGACGAAAGAAGGUUUUAGUUGUCUUGACCGAUGGUAUUUCGUACGAUGACGUCAUAGUCCCCGCCAGGAGGCUUCGUCGCACGGGUGUUUCCAUAUAUGCUCUCGGAAUGGGUCUUAAAUACAGUCGACGACAGCUGGGCAAGAUUGCGGGAACUCCCAGACAUGUUUUCACCUCUAAGUUUGCGACUCUACGAACUGCCGCUCGUAAAAUCGUAAGCCGGAUAUGCUCAGAACCAGGAGCCAAACCUGUUAAACCAGUUGGCCCUCGACCUGUGCGACCACGCCAACCAGUGCGUGCCGUGGCAAUUUAUCCCCUGAAUGGAGGAAUGCAAGGUCGCGACAUCAGCUUGAGUAGGAAUCCAGCGGCUAUCUUAGGCAAAGUCAGGACCGCGCCAGGACCUGACAGAACACGUGAUGGCUCGUACCAGUUCCUGGGUAAAUCCAGCAGUUAUAUCCAAUUUCCAAACCACGGAAAGCUGGACACAAGACGGUCCAUCACUCUUAUGGCGUGGAUCUUUCACCAGGGUCGCGCAGGACCCAUCUUCAACUACAUGCCAAACGGCUGGGGCGUGCACUUCUGGAUGAUUUCACCGAGGACGCUGUUUGUACGGUUUACGCGUCGAAGGAGACGCCGCUUCACCAAGGCGGUGAUGAGCAGGAGUGUCACGCCUAAUCGAUGGCAGCUUGUUGCUGCGACGUACGACGGAAGGUCGGGACAAGCCAAGCUGUUUGUGCAAAAUCGGUUUGUGACGCAAACGUUCAUUGGAAGAAUACGAUUGGCUACAAACUAUCCAGUCAGAAUGGGAGCGCGUCUUGGUGAUAAUCGUUUCUUCCUUGGGCGCAUCUCCUGUAUGCAGAUUUAUCCAAUGGCACUAACGAGAAGACAGAUACUUGCACGCAAAACCAGAUGUUUCAGGAAAGUUGUUCGACCUCGUCCCAGACCUCGACCAAAACCUAGGCCGAAGCCACCGAUUCCAGGCCUGCCUGGUGGUCGAGUUUGUCGCGCCAGAAUUGACGUUGUAUUCGUCGUCGAUGGCUCGGGCAGCAUCGAAGCUUCUGGUAGAGGUAACUUCAGGCGAUGUCUCCGCUUCGUCAAGAACAUGGUUCGUUCGUUCACAAUAUCAAGAAGUUACGUACGGGUUGGUAUCGUGUUGUAUUCAUCUCGUACACGACUGAUACUCACCUUCAAUCAAAACCGUGGAGUUAACAGCAUACUCCGAACCAUUGACAGAAUACAAUACCCUAGGCGUGGCACUAGAACAGGCGCAGCCAUUUCCUUUGCCCUCUCCCGCCUGUUCUCUGCCUCCAGGAGAGGGAGGUCGAAGGUCCUGAUUGUCAUGACUGAUGGCCGGUCACAGGAUAAUGUAAGGGGUCCUUCCAGCAUACUGCGCAGGCGCGGUGUAAGGAUAUUCUGUCUUGGUAUUGGUAAACGCUACAAUAUGCAACAGUUGUUACAGAUGGCUGGUAGUCGUCGAAACGUCUUCACGGCUGACUUCCGUAACCUUGGCUCUGUGGUACGAGCUAUUAAGCAGAAGGCUUGUAAAGGUAAGAGAUGUAAGGAAGAUGUCUUAUAUGAUCCUCCUCGUCCGCCGUCUCCUCCGAUGCUACUGGGCUUGCCUGCCAAACCGACUAGGCCAAAGAGACCAGGAAAACCUGCAGCCGUUGGCCGCGCAGGCGCAGUUUACCCGCUCAGUUCCUCCACACGAGGUAAAGACGUCAGCACCAACGGCAACCCACCAGGAAGACGCAGCUACGUCAGAAACACGCGUGGCCCCGAUGGCGUGCCAGGGACGGCAACGUUUUUUUACGGCCGUGCUAACAGUUACAUUCAGUUCCCGAACCGCGGUAGACUAGACACGAGGCGAUCCAUCACCCUCUUGGCGUGGAUCAAACACCUGGGACGCGCGGGACCCAUCUUCAACUACAUGCCGAAUGGCUGGGGCGUGCACCUCUGGAUGGUCACACCAAGAACGCUGUUUGUACGCUUCACACGUCGAAGAGGACGGCGUUUCACACCCGCGGUGACUAGUCGCACAGUUCGGUAUCGAACUUGGGAGUACGUCGGUGCUGAGUACGAUUAUCGAACUGGAAUCGCUCGGCUGUUUGUUAGAAAUAGAUUUGUUGCUUCGCGACGUAUUGGACGCAUAAGACUGGCCACUAAUUACCCAGUUAGAAUGGGCGCCAGGAUUACAGACAGGAGGUACUUCCGUGGUAGCAUUUCCUGUAUGCAGGUAUACAAGAAGGCUUUGUCUGCCAGACAGAUCCUUGCUAGGCGAACGAGGUGCUUUAAGAGAGUUCCACGACUGCAUCCUCCACGACCCAGACCGCCUCGACCAAGACCCAGACCUAGGCCCUACCCUGGUGGAAAAGUUUGCCGAGCCAGAAUCGAUCUUGCUUUCCUAAUCGACGCCUCCGGAAGUGUUGGGCCUGCAAACUUCCGCCGCUGCUUAGCUUUUGUCAAAAACAUGGCGCGUGUGUUCACCAUCUCCAGAAGCUUCACCCGAUUCGCAAUCGUUCUUUACUCGUCGCGACCUUCCUUGAUGUUCGGGUUUAACCGUUACACCAAUCGACGGUCACUGCUACGAGCGAUUGGUCGCAUACGGUACACAGGUGGAGGUACCAAAACGGGCUUCGCGCUUACGUACACUUAUCAGAGGGUCCUUCGCUUUAGCAGGCGAAGAGGCAAGGUCUUGAUUGUCAUGACCGAUGGUCGAUCUUAUGAUAAUGUGUUACGUCCUGCUGUAAGGAUUCGGGGCAGAGGUAUACGAAUACUAUCCUUCGGAGUUGGUAAACGGUUCAGUAUGGGACAACUACUGCAGAUGUCAGCCAACAGGCGAAAUGUGUUUACUGCUGAUUUCAAGAACUUGAGGUCUGCGGUCAGAAGUCUGAAAAGGAGGGCCUGUGCAGCGGCAAAACCUCGACCUCCUCGACCCGUCCAACCACCAAAACCAGUGGCUAUAAGACGAGCCGUCGCUGUUUAUCCGCUGAACCGUUACACCAAAGGAAGAGACAUCAGCUUCUCAAGGAAUCCCCGCGGAACACUCGGCCGAGUCAGAUACGCCCCUGGUCCUGAUAAUUCACCGGGUGGCGCAAUAGAAUUCUACGGUCGCAAAUACAGCUACGUUGAAUUCCCUAACCGAGGUAAAAUCGACACGAAACGUUCCAUAACUCUUCUGGCAUGGAUCUAUCACACUGGUCAAGCUGGACCCAUCUUUAACUACAUGCCGAACGGCUGGGGCGUGCACUUCUGGAUGGUUUCUCCUAGAAACCUGUUUGCACGGUUCACGCGUCGAACAGGGAGGCGUUUCAGUCGUGCUGUCUACAGUCCAAGCGUGCUACCGCGAAAAUGGCAGUUGGUGGGAACAACGUACAGCUACAAAACCGGUAUAGCCCGUUUGUUCGUGAACUCGAGGUUUGUGGCGUCUAAGCGUGUUGGACGAUUCAGGCUGGCGACCAACUACCCGGUCAGAAUGGGAGCUCGUGUUGGAGACAGACGAUACUUUAAAGGACGAAUCUCUUGUAUGCAGGUCUACGGUCAAGCGUUGAACAGGAACCAGAUUCUGGUUCGGCAGAGGAGAUGUUUCAAACCAGGUAAUAAUCCCUGGGUCCACAAAAUUCACGUUUAUAUUUGUUAUACGGCUGUUGUCUUAUUAUACUUGUCCCAUCCAGAACCAGGAGCCAAACCUGUUAAACCAGUUGGCCCUCGACCUGUGCGACCACGCCAACCAGUGCGUGCCGUGGCAAUUUAUCCCCUGAAUGGAGGAAUGCAAGGUCGCGACAUCAGCUUGAGUAGGAAUCCAGCGGCUAUCUUAGGCAAAGUCAGGACCGCGCCAGGACCUGACAGAACACGUGAUGGCUCGUACCAGUUCCUGGGUAAAUCCAGCAGUUAUAUCCAAUUUCCAAACCACGGAAAGCUGGACACAAGACGGUCCAUCACUCUUAUGGCGUGGAUCUUUCACCAGGGUCGCGCAGGACCCAUCUUCAACUACAUGCCAAACGGCUGGGGCGUGCACUUCUGGAUGAUUUCACCGAGGACGCUGUUUGUACGGUUUACGCGUCGAAGGAGACGCCGCUUCACCAAGGCGGUGAUGAGCAGGAGUGUCACGCCUAAUCGAUGGCAGCUUGUUGCUGCGACGUACGACGGAAGGUCGGGACAAGCCAAGCUGUUUGUGCAAAAUCGGUUUGUGACGCAAACGUUCAUUGGAAGAAUACGAUUGGCUACAAACUAUCCAGUCAGAAUGGGAGCGCGUCUUGGUGAUAAUCGUUUCUUCCUUGGGCGCAUCUCCUGUAUGCAGAUUUAUCCAAUGGCACUAACGAGAAGACAGAUACUUGCACGCAAAACCAGAUGUUUCAGGAAAGUUGUUCGACCUCGUCCCAGACCUCGACCAAAACCUAGGCCGAAGCCACCGAUUCCAGGCCUGCCUGGUGGUCGAGUUUGUCGCGCCAGAAUUGACGUUGUAUUCGUCGUCGAUGGCUCGGGCAGCAUCGAAGCUUCUGGUAGAGGUAACUUCAGGCGAUGUCUCCGCUUCGUCAAGAACAUGGUUCGUUCGUUCACAAUAUCAAGAAGUUACGUACGGGUUGGUAUCGUGUUGUAUUCAUCUCGUACACGACUGAUACUCACCUUCAAUCAAAACCGUGGAGUUAACAGCAUACUCCGAACCAUUGACAGAAUACAAUACCCUAGGCGUGGCACUAGAACAGGCGCAGCCAUUUCCUUUGCCCUCUCCCGCCUGUUCUCUGCCUCCAGGAGAGGGAGGUCGAAGGUCCUGAUUGUCAUGACUGAUGGCCGGUCACAGGAUAAUGUAAGGGGUCCUUCCAGCAUACUGCGCAGGCGCGGUGUAAGGAUAUUCUGUCUUGGUAUUGGUAAACGCUACAAUAUGCAACAGUUGUUACAGAUGGCUGGUAGUCGUCGAAACGUCUUCACGGCUGACUUCCGUAACCUUGGCUCUGUGGUACGAGCUAUUAAGCAGAAGGCUUGUAAAGGUAAGAGAUGUAAGGAAGAUGUCUUGUUUUAUAAUUAGUUUUUAAAAGCAUAAGACAUAAGUAGCAUCACGUUGUAUUAAACGGAAAUCUGAAAGUGCUCGUGCAAAAAUGAAGAAUUCCUUUAGCAAAGAAUCCACAACAAUACAGUAGGUAGCUUGCACUGCAGGCUAUGCUCAAGCCCGAACGAUUUGCAGAAGCAUAAGCGUAAGAAAACUCUUGUGUGAAGGUACGUAAGAUAAGCAAAAGAAAAGACGCUUUUUUGCCUUUUCAUGUGCUGUGUACAUUUCACUAAUGUAAACCGGCUUGAGAUAAGCACAAGCAGAAAUAAUAAUGAUGAUGAUGAUGAUGAUGAUGAUGAUGAUGAUAGAUGUGAUCCAAU